GCCUUGUGCUUUGCUCUAGGCUCCUGGCGAUGGAGAGGCUGCCUCCGCAUUAACGGCUGUCUCCAUUCCCCCCUGCAGGUCUACAUCAUCCGGGUCACCUGGUCCAGUGGCUCUACGGAGGCCAUUUACCGGCGCUACAGCAAGUUCUUCGAUCUCCAGAUGCAGAUGUUGGACAAAUUUCCCAUGGAAGGAGGACAGAAGGACCCCAAACAGCGGAUCAUCCCCUUUCUCCCCGGCAAAAUUCUCUUCCGACGAAGCCACAUUCGGGACGUGGCCGUCAAACGCCUGAUACCAAUAGAUGAAUACUGUAAGGCCCUGAUCCAGCUGCCCCCGUAUAUCUCCCAGUGUGAUGAGGUGCUGCAGUUCUUUGAAACAAGACCGGAGGACCUGAACCCCCCCAGAGAGGAACAUGUUGGGAAAAAGAAAUCUGGGGGCGACCUGACCUCAGUGGACCCCAUGGUCUUGGAGCAGUAUGUGGUGGUGGCAGACUACCAGAAGCAGGAGAGCUCGGAGAUCAGCCUCAGCGUGGGGCAAGUGGUGGACAUCAUCGAGAAGAACGAGUCAGGCUGGUGGUUCGUCAGCACUGCUGAAGAGCAAGGCUGGGUCCCUGCAACCUGCCUGGAAGGCCAGGACGGAGUGCAAGACGAGUUCUCCCUGCAGCCUGAAGAAGAAGAGAAGUACACAGUCAUCUACCCCUACACAGCACGUGACCAAGAUGAAAUGAACCUGGAGAGAGGAGCCAUGGUGGAGGUCAUCCAGAAAAACCUGGAAGGCUGGUGGAAGAUCAGGUACCAGGGCAAAGAGGGCUGGGCCCCAGCCUCCUACCUGAGGAAGAGCAGUGGGGAACCCUUACCCCCGAAGCUGGGCCCUGGCUCACCUGCCCACGUGGGCGUCCUGGAGCUCGAUGGCGUCUCCCGGCAGCAGAACUCAGGGGGCCGGGAGAAGGAGCUGCUGAACAACCAGAGGGAUGGCCGGUUUGAGGGCCGCCCCGUGCCCGACGGUGACAUCAAGCAGAGAUCACCCAAGAUGAGGCAGAGGCCCCCUCCUCGCCGGGAUAUGACCAUACCUCGAGGUCUCAACCUGCCCAAGCCUCCCAUCCCACCCCAAGUGGAGGAAGAGUAUUACACCAUUGCCGAAUUCCAGACGACCAUCCCUGAUGGCAUCAGCUUCCAGGCAGGCCUGAAGGUUGAGGUGAUCGAGAAGAACUUAAGCGGUUGGUGGUACAUUCAGAUCGAAGAUAAGGAGGGCUGGGCCCCAGCAACCUUCAUUGACAAGUAUAAGAAGACUAGCAAUGCCUCGAGACCCAACUUUCUGGCUCCCUUGCCCAACGAGGUGGCACAGCUCCGGCUGGGGGAUGCGGCGGCAAUGGAGAACAGCUCGGGCGGUGAAGCCAGCGGCCCCUCCCGGCCCCUGCCCGACGCCCCGCACGGCACAGGGGACUCGGGGAUGCCGUGGGCCAAAGACUGGAAGGGCGGUAAGGAGGUGCUGAGGAAGGCAUCUUCAGACACGUCUUCGUGUGCAGGCUAUGAGGAGAUCUCAGACCCCGACCUGGAGGAGAAACCCAGCCUCCCUCCCCGGAAAGAAUCCAUCAUCAAGUCAGAAGGGGAACUGCAGGAGCGGCAGAGAGUGGAGCAAUUCAGGGGUUCUUCAACCAAGCCACCUGGCAUGAUCUUGCCAAUGAUCCCAGCCAAACACGCCCCGCCAGCCCGGGACAGCAGGAAACCAGAGCCCAAACCUGACAAAAGCAAGUUGUUCCAGCUGAAAAAUGAGAUGGGGCUGGAGUGCGGCCACAAAGUGUUGGCCAAGGAAGUGAAGAAGCCCAACCUGCGACCUAUCUCCAGAUCCAAAGCUGACCCGCCAGAGGAGAAGCCAGAAGCCGUUCCCCAGAACCUUUUCUUGAAGUCUAAACCUCAGGUUAGGCCAAAACCAGCUCCUUCCCCCAGGACAGAGCCACCUCAGGGCGAAGACCAAGUGGACAUCUGUAACCUCCGGAGCAAGCUCAGGCCUGCCAAGUCCCAGGAGAAGGCCUCCGUAGAUGGAGAGAGCAGCCACCAGGCGGGAGGAGGCCAGGAUGGGGCCUUCGGUCGUGGCUUCCCUCCAGGGGAGGGGCCUGGCCGUCCCCAGGACAGGACGAGCAAGCAGGAGGGGCCCAGCCCAAAGGAGGCGCCCUGCAGAGCCCCUCCGAGGCCAGCCAAGACCACGGAUCCUGUGCCCAAGAGCGCGCCGGUCCCUCUCCAAGAGGCUUCCCUCCAGAGACCUGUGGUUCCGCCUCGGAGACCGCCACCCCCCAAGAAAACCUCCUCAUCGUCUAGGCCCCUUCCAGAGGUCAGAGGUCCACCUCCAGACGUCAGAGGGCCCCCUCCAGACGUCAGAGGGCCGCAGCGAGAGAGCAGUGAAGGCAAGGCAGCUCCUGCCCCAGGCCGGGCCCUGCUUGUCCCUCCGAAAGCCAAACCUUUUCUCUCCAACUCCUCAGGGGGCCAGGAGGACAUGCGAGGCAAAGGUGGGCCAGGGCCGCGGAUGAUGGGCAAGACGGGAGAAAACAAGGAGAAAGUGGCUGCAGGCCCCUUCCCCAACACCGACGGCCCAAAAGACUUGUACGUGGCCGUGGCCAACUUUGAAGGCGACCAAGAUACCAGCGGCUUCCAGGAGGGGACGGUGUUCGAGGUCCGGGAAAAGAACAGCAGCGGCUGGUGGUUCUGCCAGGUCCAGAGCGGGGCCCCAUCCUGGGAAGGGUGGAUUCCUUCCAACUAUCUCAGAAAGAAGCCCUAGCCGCCUCCUCUCAUGCCUGGAGGUCUUGCACGUCCCUGCUGGCUUUACCCACAUAUUUAAUAUGCCUCUUAAUUUAUCAUCCUCCACGCAGCAUCAAAGGAAGGAAGACUGGAAUACUGUGGUUUCUUUCCUGGGUGGAGAGUGAUCCCUCCCAUCACAGCAUCCCCUGGAGGCUCCGAGGCCACACUCCUUUCUCUUAACAUCCCUGCCUUAAGGCCAGUGGCAUUGCCGCCCAGCAGCUCCCUGCCCACCCAGCAGUGGGACCCUGACUCUCUGAGGCUUCUGGGACCAGAACCCAUCAUCUGGAGAAACUGCAGAAAGGGUUUCUUGUUGCUCAGAUCAGAGUCCUGAGAAUGUCCCCAGCUUCCUACCCAGUUCAUUCAUGUCCAGCGACUUGAUUCACUCGCCUCCCAAAUGCCUGGUCCCAGAAAGAACUUUCUUGUAGAAGUCGGCUCCACUGCUGGUCCCAGGGAGUUGUCCUCUUCCCCAAGGCCUCAGGUCCCCGGGUCUCUCAGGUUCAAGCAGCUGCAGCUGCCCCAGGCAUGGGGCCUGGAGGCCCGCCCAGCCGUCCUCCCUUCUGUGCUGGGACCCUGAUCAGUUCUAGAGGAGUGCUGCCAGCUCCAAGCAUGCUUCGCUUUUCUGCUGCAGACUCUUGUCCAACCCAAGGCAUUUAAACAAGGGUCCCCAGUCUGCUUUUGGGGGGGCCUUUC